ACGCAUGCGCGUUCUUAUGCAAGCCAUCGCACUGAAGACGUUCGUUCCCUCUAAAAGAUGAACGGAACAGAUACGCAGUGUAACUACGAGCUAGACGACUACAUGCUUGAUGUGUACGGGUUGAAGCCGGAGGCGAAGCGCAAGCGCAUUAUUGAAGACUUUGGGACGUUUUGCGGUCUUGUUUUAGCCUGGGAAGCAAGGCAGCAGCAACUAAACAAUUGUCAUAAGACUUCAACAACCAAGGACAGGUCGACUUCCACAGCCAAACAGCAAAGAAGGCUCUCAAGUAACGGUGUGGUUGGCCCUCGGCCUCGAACACCACAAUCAACUACUGACAGUGAAUCGACAGUGGGGAGUAGUCGUGAUGAUAGACACAGCAGCUCACGUAGUCCUGACUCUGUUGUGGAUGAGAACAUUGAUUACAGUUCAGAUGACGAAUCAUGGAAUCUUGUCACCUGUUUUUGUGAGAAGCCAUUUGCUGGUCGUCCAAUGAUAGAAUGCAACCAAUGCAGUACAUGGAUUCAUCUUGCAUGCGAAAGAAUUCGAGAAGACCAUGUUCCGAGCGUGUUUGUCUGUGCAAAGUGUCGUGGUUCGCCUAUCCCCGUGAGGCGGCGUGGACGGAAACAGCGACGAGCAAGAGACACACAGGAAACGGAACAGACUGCGAGUACAUAGCAUGUCAGUUGUAGAUUUGCACUAUAUUGUUGUUACAUAUUGUAGAGUGUAUGAUCGUUGUGUCGUUGAACACACACAAUGUUGUUGCUGACCUGCAGCUGUAGCAGUGGUUGUCUAGCAGCAAACUCGAGUAGUUGACGUAUUUGUAUAAUAAACUGUACACAAUCAAAUGAGUAAAUUUGUGCACA